AUGCUUGUUCAGAACUUGCAUGGAAAGGGGAGAAUUGAAAGUUCCAUACAUGUCAACAAAGUACCUUCUUUCACGCUCGACUGGGCCACUGUGGCCUCCUUCCUCUUCAGCCCACUCGUCUCCCCCUUUUUUGCCAUCGCCAAUGUUUUCAUGGGAUAUUUCGUGAUAAUGGAGAUAUACGAAAGAUACAGGGCAUCUUCAAAGGGCAAGAGUGACAUUCAUACCAAACUCAUGAAGAAGUACAAAGAUGUACCUUCUUGUUGGUUUUACAUUCUUCUUGCUUUGACAUUUGUGGUCUCGCUUGCCCUGUGCGUAUUCUUGAAAAAGAAAAUUCAGAUGCAGUUUUGGGCACUUUUGCUUGCGGCUUUGAUCGCUUUCUCGUUCACUCUUCCUGUCAGCAUUAUUACUGCAGCUAUGAAUCAGACCCCGGGCCUGAAUAUAAUCACAGAGUACCUUAUGGGGAUGAUAUAUCCCGGGAGGCCGAUUGUUAAUGUCUGCUUCAUGGUGUAUGGGUACAUGAGCAUGUCGAAGCAAUUGCUUUUCUUAGUGAUUUCAAGCUUUGUCAUUAUAUGA